AUGGCAUCAACCGCAGCUGAUGGCCUCGGGGCCGGGGGCUUCAUGCAGCCGUCUAUUCCAUCACCUGCACCGUCAUCUAUGUCAAGCUCAACAGCGACUCCGGUGCUCCCAAAGCCAAGGUCACAUCCACUCAAGGCAGGGUCGAUGAAAGAGACGACCGUCAUCAAUCAUAUUGACACGCAACUUCUGAAAAUCAACCGGCGGCACGCCAAGAAGUUCAGCAGCACAUACGACGACCAGUCACAGCAGGACCCGGAAAGAGGCUACGAGAGCUUUCAGGAAGUAGCCAAGGAUAUCGAAGGACUCAUUGAUGUUCUCUGGGUUAGCGGAACACCAUCGCUGCAAAUACCGUACAUGAUAUCUCUGGCGGUAUUGGUCAACUCGUAUCUUCCGGAUUUUCCGUUCUCGCCCAAGCCGACUUUCCGCCUGUUGAGAAAGUUGGACUCGGUCUUUGCUUCUUUGCUGCUUGGGGAAGACGUUGAGUCCGGGGCUCCUCUGUCUGGGUUUGAGAAUAACCCGAAUCUCAUCUCUAUGACAGAGAAGGUGCGGAUUAAGAGUAUUGCAGAGACAUGUCGGGUUGCUGUUGUGGAAGCUAAAGAGAGUGACAAGUCCAAAGCGGGGGAGGAGCACGACGAGAACUCGAGUGAUGAUGAAGAUGAGGAUGAGGAUGAGGAUGGUGUUUAUGGUACGGAAAAGUACGAAAGCAUUGGGAGGUGGGAGAUGGAAACUGCUAAGGUCUACGAGAGGACGAUUGAACUGCUCGGGGAUGAAUUGGGGAAAGCGGGCGAGUUCUGCGAUAGUAAUUUUGCAGCUGGUGAGUCGAAAGAAGCAUAG